GUGAUUCCAGUUGGAAGUCCAGAUGCCCGAAGUACCCGACCUCGGGCACCUGCAGGAUGUGCGAGGUCGGAGGUCGGACUUUGAUCUCGGAUUACUACCACCACUACAAGUCCGGCUCUGGAAAGUGCAUCACUGGCGACUGCGGUGGCGUACUAAAGUGCAGAGGCGGUGGCGCGCCACCAGCGUCCCUUGUGGAAUUCACAAUCGCAUCCGACUCAUAUUCGAAGGACUUCUACGAUGUCAGUCUGGUGGACGGUUACAAUGUAGCCUAGGUGUGAGGGCAGUUAGCGACUCCGGGGACUGUCAGUACGCCGGUUGCACGAAGGAUCUCAAUGCGAACUGUCCGGCAGAGCUACAGAUCGUCGACUCAGACUCUGUCGUUGCGUGCAAGCGCGCCUGCCUCGCUUUUAACACGUCGGAGUACUACUGUGGCGUCCACAGCACGCCACAGACGUGCCCGCCGACGCAGUACUCAUCGAUCUUCAAGAAUGCGUGCCCUACCGCUUACAGUUAUGCUUAUGACGACGCCACGAGCACUUGUACCUGCUUCGGGUCGGACUAUUUAGUCACUUUCUGCGGGCAAUAAGUUUGUUCCCUGAUCAUUGGACAAUUAUUAUUAAAUUAAAUUAAAGCUUUGCUUCAUCAACCAGGAUUGAUAUUUUGGUUAUAAGUUUUUAAAUGAUUAGUUUAAUUACUAUGGUUCGUUGGUUUGGUGAGACGAUAAAUGAUACCAGCAAGU